CCGGGGGAGCGCGGGGGCCGCUCACCGAGCCCCGCCGCGCUGCAGGGCGCCGGGAGCGGCGGGCGGCCGUCGGGGAUGUCCUACAAGCCCAUCGCUCCCGCCCCAGCUAACCCCGGAGCCGCCAGCGCCAGCCCUGCCCCGCCGGGGCCUGGGGCACCUCCCGCCGCCACGAGCGUCCCUUCGCCCUCCGGUUCCGUCCCCGGCGCCGCCGCCGCUUUCCGGCCCCUCUUCAAUGACUUCGGGCCGCCGUCCAUGGGCUACGUGCAGGCGAUGAAGCCCCCCGGGGCUCAGGGCUCGCAGAGCACCUACACCGACCUGCUCUCCGUCAUCGAGGAGAUGGGGAAGGAGAUCCGGCCCACGUACGCCGGCAGCAAGAGCGCCAUGGAGCGGCUGAAGCGCGGCAUCAUCCACGCCCGGGCGCUGGUCCGGGAGUGCCUGGCAGAGACAGAGCGCAACGCCCGCACGUAACGGCUGCUGCCCCCCGGGACCCCCGCCGGGAGCCCCGGUGUCCCUGCCCCGCUGACGGCGGCGGUGGGGG